AAAAAAAAAAGCUGGAUUCUUCUCCCAUCCAAAUCCCUUUCUCCAAAUUUUCCUCCGAUCAAUAGCUUCCACCUACAUCACCGGUCAUCAGUCAUCACCUGAUUCUUCUCCCAUCCAGAACCCCCUUUCUCCAUUUUCUCCGAUCGUGGGAUCCCUCCUUCAGAUCUGGAUCUGCGUUUCUCCAAAAUUUCCGUCUUGGGUGUUUUUGUUUCAUAUUCUGCAAUUUCCUGAUGUUUGGUGCUUAAACUUGUAUGAAUUUGCUAAAAGUGAAUGAUAUUCAGUGAUUCGUUGCUUGUAUGAAUCUGCUCUGUCGCUGGCCUACUGCCGGACCGGAUCCAUCUGCUUUGCUGCCGGACCGGAUCCAUCUGCUUUGCCGCUGGCCUGCUGCCGGACUGGAUCCAUCUGCUGCUGUUGGCCUGCUGCCGGACCGGAUCCAUCUGCUGCCAUUGCUAUUGCUGCCGUUCCUCGUGGGGAAUGGGGAUCCCCGCGGGGAUCACCAUUCCCCGCGGGGAACGGGGACGGGGGGCAAAAUCUGCCCCCCGUAAAAAAUCCCCGCGGGGAUCCCCGUCCCCGUGACUCACGCGGACGGGGAUGGGGAAGGGGUCCCCGGCCCCGCGGGGCCCCGUUGACAUCCCUAACUGUGGAUGAAACUAAAUUUAAUUUUUAUUU